AUGGUGGGAUUAGGUUCUUCAGGUGGAGAUCUACGAACUCCACAGUUUGAUGGUGCAAACUAUGAUUUUUGGGUUGUCGAAAUGGAGACCAUCCUCAUAGCACAUGAUCUAUGGGAUGUAGUUGAGGUCGGAGUACAACCUCAGCCAGUUAUUGAGGAGGAAGAAGACUCUGGAGGUGAAGGAAGUGAAGCUGAGCAAAUUCCAGCGGAAGCACCUACUAUCUCCAGAGAAGACAGAAUAAAAAAUGCCAAGGCACUGAGUCUCAUUCAAGGAGCAUUAACUGAUGAGCUCUUCCCUCGCAUCAGAAAUGAAAAGACUGCAAAAAGAAUUGCCCUCAGAUCUCUCUCUCUCUCUCUCUCGCGCGCAUUGCUCUCUCUCUCUCUCCUCUGGUUCGCAACCGCUACCACAGCAGGCCACGUUUUGACCGGCCGUGCUCUCGUCCAGCAACCAAAGUCGACGGGGCCGGUACCAAAACGACCGGGCCGCCGUCCUCUUCCUACCCCAGCCAGGUCCCGCCGCCAUCCAUCGAGAUUUCGCCGGAAAAUCGAAGAGAAAAGCUCGGUUUCACCCGAAACUUCGCCGACUUCAUUCUCCGUCGUCCGGCCGCCAUUUUUGGCGAUCCAGGGUUCGGCCAGUUUUGAGUUAGUGAUUCCGGCCACUUCCGGUCAGUUUUUGUGGUAUAUAAAGGGAUCGAAUGUUAGUUUACAGUGCUAUACGCACUACCCCACGUACCCCCCAUACUGUGAUUGUGUUGAGGCCUUUAAACCCGUGCGGGCUGGUGAGAAUGUAGCCAGGCCCAAAGCAAACAGAAUGAUGGCUGGUGAGAAUGUAGCCAGGCCCAAAGCGAACAGUAUGAUGGUUGGUGAGAAUGUAGCCAGGCCCAAAGCAAACAGAAUAAUGGCUGGUGAGAAUGUAGCCAGGCCCAAAGCAAACAGUAUGAUGGUUGGUGAGAAUGUAGCCAGGCCCAAAGCAAACAGUGUGAUGGCUAGUGAGAAUGUAGCCAGGCCCAAGGUUGAGGUCGCACGUGUCGUAGGAGUAGCCGGCGUGUUGAUAGACCUCAUACGAGGCCGGGUGCGUCCCGUCGUAUGA